CUCGUUUAUUCCUCUCGCUAGCUUUUCUCUACUGACCGAUAAAAACCAGGACAGGGAUAGUCGGCGGAGAUGGCUUAUCGUGGAGAGAAGCCUGCAUGUUUGCUGGUCUGCAGCUCUCAUCCUAAAGGCGUUUCGGCACAGUCUUUUAUCCAUGCGUUCACUCUCACUUCAUCGACCUUCAACAUCUACCUCGCUACCCCCGAUGGAAAGACGAUUGAUUUUGUGGACGUCAAUGAAGGCAACCGACAGUGGCUGGCAGAGUUCAAAUCAAAACCAAUAUCCAAGCCUCAUCUUCUGGAGAAUAUGGACGGUACACAGUUCCUUGCUCUGGUGAUACCAAGUUGUCCAGGUGCACUCUAUGACCUUGCCUCCAGUCCCUUCAUGGCUGGGAUUCUCAAGACGUUCAUGGCUGAAAAGAGUAGCAAGUGGGGAGAAGUUCAUGUGGUGGUGGACAGUCACGUUGUGACAGGACAGAAUGAGCAGUCGACUCUUACUGCAGUCCAGAACCUCAUCCUCAUCAGCAACGCCAGCGCAUUGAUCGCGGGAGAAGAUAUCCACGCCCAGUUUGACCCGGAGGAAUACUUUGGGAUGUACCGUCAGGGCUUCUCGGCCUACGCCCCUGGUCUCCCCGAGUUCUUCCUGAAGCAAUUCCACACCGCCUUUAGCAGCCUCUCCAGCGGCAGUCUCAGUGUCCUUGAUUACGGCUCCGGUCCUAGUAUUCUGGGCGCAAUAUCUGCCGCCCCAGUAGCAAAGGAGAUCGUACUAUCCGACUUUGUGGAGAACAACCGCAUUGCCGUUGAAAAGUGGCUCGCAGGCGAUUCGAAGGCUUUCGAUUGGACGUCGUAUUUCAAGUACGUGAUAAACGAUUUGGAGGGGUUGGGUUCAGAGAAGGUGAAGGAGAGGGAGGAAUUGAUUCGAAACAAGGUGAAGGCCGUGGUUGCGUGCGACGUGAACAAACACCCUCCCAUUGAAGAGGAGUACUGCAGAGAGUAUGACGUUGUGAUGUGCUGCCUUGUCCUUCAGUGUGCCACGCAGAGCAAAGCCGAGUUUGAAGCCGGCAUGAAACGUUUGGCGACUCUGGUCAAGCCAGGCGGUUUAUUUCUGUUCGUUGGAGUCAUCCGUACUGCCGAAGUUGGGUUUUACGUGGUGGCUAAUAAAAGAUUUAGAAGUUACGGUGUUUCCCAUGAAAUGGCUAAGGAGACUAUGGAAAAGGCUGGUUUCUCUGACAUCAAGCAAGAGAGUAUACCGGCCAAAAAUGAUGACAAAAGUGUCCAGGCAUACUUUUUCAUGCAGGGGAAAAAGAUGUAAUCUCACGAACCACAAUCUCUCUCUCUCUAUUAUUGUAGGAAUUGACAGUAUUUAUACAUGUAUGAGCGUUAAAUUAUACUGUUGCAUGUCGUAUACGGACACGUUUGUAUGUGCGUGACUGCACAUUGCACAUUGAAAAUUUGAUUAUUAUAAUACGGAUGACUCAACUGCUGUGCUGGAGUCUAAAAAGGA